CACACCCACAUACACACCCACCUACACACCCAGCUAUACACAAACAGUAGGAAACAGGACAGCAGCACAAAAAAUACACGCUCAUACUUAUUCAAAGACCCUUGGUCCUUCAGACCCAGGUCCAUGACAGUUUCACUGGGACUGAACCUGUUUUCCUGUUGAUGUUACAGAGUGGAGGAACUUAUUGAUCAACAGUACAGGAUCUGCAGUCUGGAGAUGUUGUUCAGAGUAGACAAAUGAAGAAACGCGCCACAGAGAACCUUGAGAGUAAUGAGUGAUGGCUCUUCAGGAGAUCAGUGAGAUCUUCACACACAGACCCUCGGCCUUCUCUGCUGCUGUGCUGCUUCUAACACUCGUCCUCUGCAGAGGAUCAUUUGUAGUGGAUGUGACACAGAGCUCCUAUCAGGCAGAGGAGAACCACAACAUCACACUGGAGUGGACAUUCACCACCAAACCAGACACGCCCAUCUCAGCACUGACAAUCCUCUGUUACAUGAAUAAUGCUCAUAAACACAUAACUCUGUAUUAUGUUCAUGAUGGUGUCGAGUUCUCAGAGGAUGAAGAGUUUUCAGGACGAGUCCAGAGUGACAAAGACGCCCUCAGAGAAGGACGAAUCAGACUCCAGCUGUCCAGACUCAGGACUGAGGACUCGGGUCUGUACCUGUGUGAGGUGGACACAGGUUAUGGCCACGGCUACAACAGCUGCAGAGUCACCGUCUCUGAAUCAAGGCCUUGGAAGACAGAAACAACUCAGCAACCUGGAAGUCUCCAACCACCAGAGCUGAAUGAAGAGACCAAAGUUUUAUCCAGUUCUGGGUUUUGGGGGCUCGAGUCUUUCCUGGCUAUCAUUAGGCAAAAGGCCCGAUGUAACCUGGAGGUCACCAGACUGCCGGCUAGCAAUCGUCGGGGCUGUAUUCAUCUGUAUCUCUCUGAUCUCAUGGGGAUUCAUGUUUUAUCAGAAUUGCAAAGAACACAGUUCUUGAUGAAGACGUUGUCAGCACAUGGACCUUCUAGUUCAGUUUCAUGACAACAGCUGGAAACUGCAGAUCUCAGACUUUGAACAGAAACUCUUCAUAACAUCAUGAUUAUAAUCAGAUUUGAAGUUUCCAAUUCGAUGCUGUCCAGUUGGCGUCAAGAACCAACAGAGGGAAAAAGAACACAAACAACAGAGAAAAGAUUUGAAUUCAGGACUUCAGUCUAAUAUUGACAUCCUUCAACUCAUUUGAACUCUAAAUAUCCUGAGACGUUAAAAUAAAAAAUUUAAAUAAAUUGAAUUUGAGGUAAAACAGAAACAGGAUUAACAGGAUGGAGCUUCAUGUUUUGUGUUUACAUGGUUUAAUAAACUCUUGUUAUCACUUUUGUUGACAGUAAAA